AUGGCAUUACGCAGACGGACUUUGCUCAAAGUCAUUGUUCUUGGAGACAGUGGGGUUGGAAAAACUUCAUUGAUGAAUCAAUAUGUGCACAAGAAGUUUAGUCAGCAAUAUAAAGCUACAAUUGGUGCUGAUUUUGUCACCAAAGAACUGCAGAUUGAUGACAGACUUGUUACUCUACAAAUAUGGGACACUGCAGGGCAAGAGAGAUUUCAAAGUCUUGGUGUUGCAUUUUAUAGAGGGGCAGAUUGCUGUGUUCUAGUCUAUGAUGUUAAUGUUAUGAAGUCAUUUGAUACACUUGAGAACUGGCACGAGGAGUUUCUCAAACAGGCAAACCCUUCUGAUCCAAGGACUUUUCCAUUUAUAUUGCUUGGAAACAAAAUUGAUAUUGAUGGCGGGAAUAGUCGAGUGGUUUCUGAAAAGAAAGCAAAGGACUGGUGUGCUUCAAAAGGUAAUAUACCUUACUUUGAGACAUCGGCAAAAGAGGACUAUAAUGUUGAUGCCGCAUUCCUAUGUAUUGCCAAGACUGCCUUAGCCAAUGAGCGUGACCAGGACAUAUAUUUUCAACCUAUUCCAGAGGCUGCUGCUCCAGAAAAUGAGCAGAGGAGUGGAUGUGCAUGUUGA